AUGAAGUUUUCUACUCUUCCAAUUGCCGUUCUUGCCGCCGUUGCAGCCGCAGACAGCUUUGCUCCUUGGGAAACCAAACUUGCUCAUGAUGAUGCUAUUCUCGAACAAUUUGACGACUCAUGGGACAGUCGUUGGAAGGUUUCGCACGCCAAAAGAGACGGCGAGUUCUCUUAUGUUGGUAGAUGGGCUGUUGAAGAACCAAAUGAUGUUGCCAUCCCUGGUGAUAAAGGUUUGGUGGCUAAAUCACCAGCAUCCCACCACGCCAUCUCAUAUAUCUUUAAUAAGCCUUACGACAACACCGACAAGGACUUGAUUUUACAAUAUGAAGCCAAGUUUCAACAAGACUUGAAUUGUGGUGGUGCCUACAUCAAGCUCUUAUCAGCCGACGGUAACUUGGACGAAGAAUUUAGUAACGAAACUCCAUACCAAAUUAUGUUUGGCCCAGAUAAGUGUGGUCUGACUAAUAAGGUUCACUUCAUUAUCAGAAGAAAGAAUCCUCACACUGGCGAAUACGAGGAAAAACAUCUUAGAACUUCCCCAAUGGCUAAAAUGACCAGGCUAUCUUCUCUAUAUACCUUGAUUAUUAAGCAAAAUAACGAUUUUGAAAUUAGAAUCAACGGCGAAGUGGCUAAAGCUGGCAACUUGUUGGAUGGUGCUUUGUUUACUCCAGCUUUCAACCCAGCAAAAGAAAUUGACGAUCCAAAUGAUGUCAAACCAGAAACCUGGGUUGAUGAUAUUGAGAUCCCAGAUCCAGAAGAAAGUGACAAACCAGAGGAUUGGGACGAAAAUGCCCCAAGAAGAAUCCCAGAUCCAGAAGCUGUAAAGCCAGAAGACUGGGAUGAAGAUACUCCUGAAUAUAUUCCAGAUCCAGAAGCCGAAAAACCAGAAGACUGGGAUGAUGAGGAAGAUGGAGAAUGGAUUGCUGCUGAAAUCCCAAACCCAGAAUGUGAAGAACAUGGAUGUGGUAAAUGGGAGGCACCAAUCAUUGAAAAUCCUAACUACAAGGGUAAGUGGAUCCAGCCAAUGAUUCCUAACCCAGAUUAUAAGGGUCCAUGGGCACCAAGAAAGAUUGAAAAUCCAGAUUAUUAUGAAGAUACCGAGGCCCACAACUUAGAGCCAAUUGGCGGUUUAGGUUUCGAAUUAUGGACUAUGGAUAAAAAUCUCUUGUUUGACAAUAUUUAUUUGGGUCAUUCUGUUUCCGAAGCGGAGCUUAUUGGCAACAAAACCUUCGCUGAAAAAUUACAAAUUGAAAAACUUCAUCAAGAGGAAUCUGUACAAGUUGACGAGGCUCCUAAUGUGUCUGACGAGGCUGAAGAAGCUACUAUUAUUGAUCAAUUAUCAUUAAUUUAUCAAAUUGCUUUCGAAUCUGGUAAGAGCUUCUUGAAAGACGCUAAUGACUACAUGGUUGAUCUCGUUGAAGAUCCAGUGUAUGUUCUAACUGAAAGAAGAAAUGAAGCUCUCAUCUAUGGUGGGGUCUUUGGCUUCACUUUCUCUGUCUUCUUUGGCACUCUUGCUAUUUUAUUGUUGAAGUUGACCUCUGAAAUUGAUGACUCUGUUGACGCCAAAUCUAAUAAGGAAGUGGAAACUGAAAAGAAAGAUGAAAAGGAGGAUAAGGAAGACAUAGAGGAGGAGAAAGAGGCCAAGACUUCAUCUUCUGAGCAGUCUGAAACUAAAGCUGAAAAGCGUCGCUAA